AAAACCGUGGCCUCUGCCCCUCCUUCCCAAGUUCAAACAUCAUACAAACGAAACAACAAAAUGAAGCUCCUCUACCCAACCUCACUAGAACUGAACGUCGACUCCUUCAAAGGUUUCGCAACAGAAUACCACCCAUACAACGUGAAAGAGCCAAUCCCAGAUGACCUCAUCGACGCCGAGAUUCUGAUAACUUGGACCAACACAGCAGAUAACCUCAAAGAUGCCGCUUCACGAAUGAAGAACCUGAAAUGGAUUCAAUCCCUCGCUGCUGGACCGAAUGAUGUUUUCAAUGCCGGUUUCUCGAAAGAUAUCACCGUCACCACCGGCUCGAGCUUACACGAUUACACUGUUGCCGAGCACACUCUUGCCUUACUCCUCAAUGCCGCGAGAAAGUUCUAUGAGAUGAGGGAUUACCAGUCACAAGGAAAGUGGCCUGGACAUCUUGGAGGACCGCAGCCGGAUCGUCCGAAAGGGAAGUUUACGAGUUUGAGAGACGCGAAUGUUUUGAUUUGGGGUUAUGGGAAUAUUGCCAAGGCUUUGACGCCACAUUUGGUUAGUUUGGGGGCGAAUGUUACUGGUGUUGCGAGGUCGGCUGGUGUACGAAAUGGGGUGGAAGUUAUUGAUGAGCAAGCUCUUGAGCAGCAGUUGAAGAAGACUGAUGCUCUGGUUAUGAUUUUGCCGGGAAGUGAUAGUACGAAGAAUGCGUUGAAUAAGGAGCGGUUGGCGGCGCUGCCGGAUCAUGCUUGGGUGGUUAAUGUUGGGCGUGGGACGAGUGUGGAUGAGGAGGCUUUGGCUGAUGCGUUGGAUGCUGGGACGAUUGGUGGGGCGGCGUUGGAUGUUUUUGUGCAGGAGCCUUUGCAGACGGAGUCGAGAUUGUGGAAGACGCCGAAUACGAUUAUUAGUCCUCAUGCUGCUGGAGGGCGGCCGCAGGGAGCUGAGGGGUUGAUUUCGGAGAACUUGAGGAGGUUCAUGUCUGGUCAAGAGCUCAGGAAUAUCGCUUGACUCGGGGUUCGUGGAGUUCAUGAGCGUGCCAAGCUUUGAGGUAUGGCAUGGCGCAUCUGGACUUCACUUGUUGAGUAUUCUGGUUGGUGAAUAAGAUUGAUCAAUUACAGGCUUUGGUCGUUGCAGGAUUUCACAACGGCCAUGAUAGGCCUUUCGAGUACAAGAAGCAGAAUACGUACUUCGUAUGUAGAAGGGACUAAAAGAUCAUUGGAAACGUCAUUUGACUGACCUAGGCUCGCCC